UCCUGAGAUCUGAGGAAGUCUUUCUAUUGAUUUCUAAAAGAAUUAGAAAGCCUUUUGGAUCAUUUGGCUGAAGUGGUGCCCUCAUUGCAGUAUCUCAGCUUGCUUGGAAACAUGGCCUGCCCAAAUGAAUUGGUCAGCACAGAAAAGGAUGAAGAUGACUACCAGAGAUACAGAUACUUUGUCCUGCACAAAUUGACAAACCUGAAAUUUCUUGAUACUCGGAAAGUAACCAACAGUGAGAGAGAGGAAGCCUUGGUAAGAGGUGCCUUCAUGAAAGUGGUUAAGCCCAAGGAUGCUAAGGCCUCUGGUGAUGCUGCCUCCAUCUCUCCAGAGAUGCACUAUACACCUCUGCCUUUGGGAUCCAGGGACCUCACCAAUCACAGAGGUGUUUUGGGAAAAUGCCGCUACGUUUACUACGGAAAACAUUCCGAGGGCAACAGAUUCAUCCGAGAUGACCAGCUAUAAAAUGCAGCGUUGUUUCAUGCUUCUUCAAUCCUUCCAGAUAAGAAGUACAAAUUGCAUCUAGAUUUUAAGCAUGUAACUAAAGUCCUCCAGUGCCUUCUGCUGACUUUGCCAAGCCUGUCAAGAUCAUCCUUCUAUCUUAGUCUGAGUAGUCACAUAGAGAUUGACAUGAUUGCCUUUAAGCGGGUCCCAUCCACCAGUGUGACAGACAGCUGCAGCCAAGCACCCAGCCUGACAGGAUGAACACCGUGAUGGAUUGCCUGGUCCAACUGCUGCUCACAGAAGAGCAGAGGUCACACCUGGGGCUUCUCUGAGCACGCGCGGUUGGCUUUGAAGCAAAAACAGUGCAUUUCUUUCCAGCUUGCCUGUUGAGUGAGAGUGGCUGACAGCAUCAAAGUGUUUAGAAAAGAGAGAGGCUAUAAUUUCAGAUGAAAAAGCCCUUUAUCUGUUCUUAUUUCAACCCCCCCAAUUAAGUACUUAAGUUUAUCUCAUAUAUGCAUACGCAAAUCCUUUUCAUAGAGCUUCACCCCACAUCCCCUAACAAAUGAGUCUAUAUGGAUUGUUGUUUAGUUUCAAGAGGAAAAAUAUAUCCUGAAAAUAUUUCAGCCAUGCACAAUACUAUCAAUAUGUAUUUUUGUUUAUAUAUAAAGGAAAGAUGUUUAAGCAAUUUCACAGACAAACCAAAUUUGUUAAUUUGUAUAUUAAAUCUCAAGGUUACUAACUCUUACCUUCAGAAAGUGGAUCAUUUUUAGUACUGUAGAAUAGUUGCACAGAGGAUCUCAUGUUUAACUGUAUAUGCUUUGAAAAAGCCCUCAAUUAAGAUCCUGAUAGGGUAUGUUAUUCCUGGUUUAUUGGACAAGAUACUUUUAACUUGCACAGAGAUUGCAUUUAGAAUUGAAUGCUUAAAUUUAGAAAGAAAAAAAGUGUUUCAAAAGGGGGACUAUAAAAUAAAAAUUUCCAGCAGGUGAGUAUGAUUAUUUAGAAGGAAAAAAAUGAUAAAUAAAAGUAACUGGUGGAAGUAACGUAAUUAGCAUCUUUACUAAUAUCUUUUAGAAAAGAGCUCUCAUUAAUCCCUUUUGAUGUAUAUGUAAGCAAUGCUUCUGUCAACCUUUCAGUGAGCAAAAUAAAAAUGCGUAGCGUAUUUCCUGCUUUUUUGAUAAACCAGUUGGACAUAUUUAGAAUCAUUAACUUAUUACUGUGAAACAAAUUCCCCAAACUUAGUAAAUACACUGUGUUUGGUGCUACUAGAGCCAAUGACACUGACCAAAGAAUGUGUAGAAAUUCUGACAUCUAUAUUGUUCCAAACCUGUCCAUAUUGGUCCCAGUUGAGAAUGAUCACUAUCUGGCUGUUCUUGGCUUGUCUGAAAUGACUUAGUGCUCUUAAUUCACUUUCCUAGCAGAAAAAUGUCAAUUUUUAGAAGUCGUCUCCUUUUUUUGUUAUUAUUAGCUGCUAUUGCAAGCAUAAAGGAACUGGAUGUAGAAGCCAAUCUUGAAAUCAGGUUUGUCCUGUGGAAAAAGAUGAGAUGUACUGGCAGAGCAGCAAAGAAAAAGUUGCUGCUGCUCUCCAUUUUAGGCCUUAACAAAUGGAAGACUUUGCUCGCGCUGAAAAGCUAUAGUAAAACUUCAAUAAAUAUUUAAAAUCAAUGAGGAACAUCGAUUACAUCACUUAUGGAGCAUGCCUUAUACGUUAAACUCAAAUUGAGCUCUGAGCUGCUCGUUUUACAAAUUGGCGCCUGGGAAGUGAGUUUUGGCCACGUGUAAGACCUCUGCCCAUGUUAUAGAUGACUACUAAUGAAAUACUAAUAGACUGUUGUGGUGAGCAAAUUCAUAUUGGACAGCCUAGGAGAUAUUAGAUAAAGGUGGGAAAGUACAACUGCAUGCCUCUCUUCUUUCAAAAAUACUUAUUAGAAAUAUUAGGGUACUUGUUUUAUAUUUGGGUUACCAAAAUAACAGCAAGUUGCCAUCCUAGUUCAUUCAUAUCAUGUUGUCUGUUUUGAAGCCUCAAUGCAUGUUUUGGCCAGGGCAUCUUACAGGCAGCAGGGUUCUGAAUACGGGUGUUUAGAAUAACCUAAUGUCAUAUUCAGUCUGGUUGCAUAUAUGUUCUUGUCUUUAUAAAAGGCUUUAACCCUGCCUCAAACAAUAAACAGCACUUGCAAACUGA